GUGCGCACGAAAGCGCGUAGUCGAGCGCGGACGUACAUGCCAUCAAAACCAGACAAAUACGGCCUUCGGUUCUAUGCGGUGGUCGGGUGGGACGCGCUGUACGUCCACUCUCUUUGGGACAAUGGGUCAGGUAAUGCUACCCGGUCUACCCCUGCCGAACGGUACACAGAGCUGUUUCCGUCACUCCGGACGCCACUGUACAACAUGUUAUCG